AUGGCCUCACAGGGCGAAGUGUUUGCCAGGGCGAUAUCACGCCUGAUCGGCUGGAUAUAUAUGUUUUGCUGGUCCGCCUCAUUCUACCCUCAGCCGAUCCUUAACUGGCGCCGCCGUUCCACUCACGGGUUAGCGAUCGACUUCCCAACAACCAAUGUCCUAGGCUUCAUCUGCUACGCCAUCUAUACCACCGCAUUCCUCUACUCUCCUACAAUACGCGAACAAUACGCCGCACGGCACCCAAUAUCGCCAGAACCAUCGGUGCGCAUCAACGAUUUUGCAUUCGCCGUCCACGCCGUGAUCCUGAGUGCCACGGUAUACAGCCAGUUCUUCCCGUGGAUUUGGAGAUUCAAGGUAUCAAAAUCCCAGAGGAUUUACACCAUCUCUUACGUGAAGCUCGUCGUCACCGUGAUCAAGUACAUCCCGCAGGCCUGGGUGAAUUAUAAGCGCAAAUCCACCAUUGGUUGGAGCAUUGGUCAGAUUCUCUUUGAUUUUUCUGGCGGCGUUCUCUCGAUCCUACAGCUUGUCAUUGACUCGGCCUUGGAGGAUGAUUGGAGUGGGAUUACCGGUAACCCUAUUAAGCUGGCACUGGGUAACGUGAGCAUAUUUUUCGACCUCAUUUUCAUGGCCCAGCAUUAUAUUAUUUACCCAGACAAGCGCGUCGCUCUAAAAGAUGAUGAUGAUGAUGGAUUAUCCAGGCCGCUCUUGGUCGACAAUGAGCGGGAAAUUGUGCCAUAG